GCUUGCUCCUCUAUAACUGCAGAACAACUGGCCUAGCCUGUCCCAUUUACUAUUGACUCCGCAUGUGCUUGGUCGAGCUCCUCUGUGGAUAGCUCCACUGGAAGUGAGAGUACACACACACACACACACUACUCAAGCACAGGCGUCCAGGCAGCGGUGAAUUCGGAAGGUGUUUGAUCAUGGCUACAACGAGAGACGAGGAUCAGCCGAACGGCACCUCCAACGGCGACAUUUACCCGGACAAUAAGAAGAGUGCCGCCAACGGCGACAGCGCGAGCGCCGGCGACAAAGUGGCGAGCGCCGGCGACAAAGUAGCGAGCGCCGGCGACAACGUGGCGACCGCCGGCGACAAUGUAUUCCGCGGACGCAAGCCGGCGGACAAGAUGGAGAAGGUCAAGGGCUGCAUCAGGGGGAAUCUCCUGGUCAUCCUGACCGUGACCGGGGUCAUAGUCGGCGUGGUGAUCGGCCUGUCGGUGAGGAGACUGGGACUGAGCAGAGUACAGGUCAUCUACUUCUCCUUCCCGGGAGAGCUGCUGAUCCGGCUGCUCAAGAUGAUCAUCAUCCCUCUGGUGGUGUGUAGUCUAGUGGCCGGGGCCGCCAGCCUGGACACUAAAGCCCUGGGCAAGCUGGGCGGCUGGGCCAUUCUCUUCUUCUUCAUUACCACCCUCCUGGCCUCCACCGUCGGCGUGGUCAUGGCCUAUAUUAUCAAACCAGGAGUUGGAGCGGAAUCUAAAGCCCAGCUGCCUGGCUUGGAAGAUGCGCUCCGAGAACCCAAAGAAAUCACCGACUCCUUCCUGGAUCUGGUGAGGAACAUCUUCCCGUCAAACCUUGUCUCAGCUGCUUUUGAAUCGUACGCUACAGAUUACAAGACCAUAAAGCUUCUACAAAAUAUUACUGACGAGUUUGGAAAUGUUACCGAGACCAUGCAAGAAAUUAAGAUUCCUACUCCGGCCAGCGUGGAAGGAAUGAACAUCCUUGGGCUGGUUGUUUUUGCCAUUGUCUUUGGAAUAGCCCUGCGGAAACUUGGAACGGAAGGGGAGAACCUGAUCAAUUUCUUCAGCUCCUUCAACGAGGCCACCAUGAUCCUAGUCUCGUGGAUCAUGUGGUAUGCGCCCUUUGGUAUCAUGUUCCUGGUUGCGGGGAAGAUUGUGGAGAUGGAGAAUGUCUGGCUACUGUUCUCCAGCCUGGGGAAGUACAUCUGCUGCUGCAUCGCGGGGCAUCUGAUUCACGGCUUGAUCCUGUUGCCCCUCAUCUAUUUUGUCAUCACUCGCAGAAACCCCUACACCUUCCUGUGGGGUAUCUUCACGGCACUGGUCACCGCCUACGGAACAGCGUCCAGCUCUGCCACGCUGCCUCUCAUGAUGAAGUGUGUGGAGGAAAACAAUGGCGUCAGCAAGCAGAUCAGCCGAUUCAUUCUGCCUAUCGGUGCUACUGUGAACAUGGAUGGUGCUGCUCUCUUCCAGUGUGUUGCUGCCGUCUUUAUAGCUCAGCUCAACAAGAUCCCUCUGGACUUUGUGCAGGUCAUCACCAUACUAGUGACUGCCACUGCUUCGAGUGUGGGGGCUGCUGGAAUCCCAGCGGGAGGGGUACUGACGCUCGCCAUCAUCCUGGAGGCCGUGGGGCUACCCACCAGCGAAAUCUCGCUGAUUCUCGCAGUGGACUGGCUGGUAGACCGUUCUUGCACAGUUAUCAACGUGCAGGGGGAUGCCUUUGGAGCGGGUAUCCUGCAAGCUUAUGUGGACAAGCAGGAGAGCCGAGCGCUUCAGGUGGCGGAGCUCACCGAGGUGAAGACGGAAGGAAUGAAGCCUGAUGAAGAAGGGUCGCCCCUGCUCAAAGACGUGAUGGUUUCCAUUGAAGGUCAGAAGAGACCUCUGGAGAAGGAGUCGGUGAUGUGAGCCUUCAAAGUGAGGACCGGAUUAUCUAUAUGUACCUGGACAAAUACUUGAGAACCUCGUGCUGAGGAAAUCACAGUGGAUUCCUCAGCUCCAUGCACCCCUAACCGCACACUAACACUCAGCAAGAUGUGAAGUGGGCGACUAAGGGUUUUGGAUACCCGGUGACAAUAUUCAUUAUUCCCCCUUCCCAUCUCUUGCCUAGAUAUUUCAGCCUAGAAACCGUUCUUACCUGAAGCACCAAAACUUUCACAGUCUCUAUUGAAGAUUCUGACGAUGCCUCUAAUCUGGCAUCUCUCCGUGAUUACAGAUGUGGACCUGACCUGAGGAAACCAGCUUUAAUCUUCCGUUUUCCAAAAAAAACAAAAGGGGGUGCAUUGCCACGGCCCUCAAUAGGUCAAUGCUGCAACAGAAUGCCUGUCCACUAUCCCGCCUUUCCCUCUUUACAAAGUAACAUAGCUCACAGCGGUUGUGUUGGGGUUUGCUAUUGUGGGUGGUUGUGUUCCCUUUUAUCUCACGGGUGAGGGGGGCUAGAGAGGGGAGUGCAGUGGUGAGAGCUGGGAACAUCUGGAACCCUCAGCAGACCAGGCAACAUCUGCAGUCCGUGAAAACAAUUGGUAUUCCAAAAUGUGUAGGAAGGAACUGCAGAUGCUGGUUUACACCGGAGAUAGACAUAAAGUACUGGAGUAACUCCGCGGGACAGGCAGCAUCUCUGUCGAGAAGGAACGGGUGACCUUUUUGGUUGAGACCCUUCUUCUUGAUCCAGAACGUCACCCAUUCCUUCUCUCCAGAGAUGCUGCCUGUCCUGCUGAGUUACUCCACCAUUUUCUGUCUAUAGUAUUCCAGGUCGCUGGCCUAUCAUCAUCAAAAUUGUUAACCCUGGUUCCCGCUGCAGAUGCUGCUUGACCUGAGUUUUUGUUGCUGUUUCUAAAUAUUUAAAAUCUCAGAUUUCAGGCAUCUGCAGUAUUUUGCUUUAAUAAUGAUCAGAGCAGUCUACCUCUGCUCUUUAACUUUUGGCUUAAUCAGGGUUUGUAUUAUUCUGGGGGUGGGAAAGGGACAAACAUUUGGGGAAACCAGGAAGAAAUAUAGGGAAAUAUGUCCCCUUUUUGUCUCCUUUUCAUCUCUCGCCUUCAUCCACCCAUCUGCCAAUCAACCCCCCCCCCCCCCCCUCACUCACCUGUAUUCACCUAUCACUUGCCACAUUUCCCCCCCCCCACCCCCAUCACUUUUCCAGCUUUCUCCCCUUUGCUACAAUGUCUGAAGAAGGGUCCUGACCCAAAACGUCACCUAUCCGUAUCCCCCCAGAGAUGCUGCCUGACCCGUAGAGUUACUCCAGCACUUUGCGUUCUAAGCAAGAUUCCAGCAUCUUCAGUUCCUUGUGUCCCUGCAGCUUUGGGUAGCAUUUCGAACCAGUCCAGAAGUUUAUCCAUCACCCAACAUCACAAAAACGAGAGAUUGUCACAUAUCAACCCAUUGUCUGAACCUGUGCAAUGAGACUGGGCAAGAACAUCGCUUGAAGAUGCUAGUAACUGCAGGUGCUGGAAUCAUGAGGUUAAAAAAACAAAAGUGCUGGAGGAACAAGAUGGGUCAAUCAACAGCUGUGGAAGGCAAUGGACAAAUGAUGUUUCAGGUCGGGAACCUUCAUCAGAAUCUUAAUUCGCUUUCCCAUUGGGAAGUCCCUUUGGCCAUAAGUAAGGGUGUAACACUCCAGGUCUAUCAAGAAUUGGUAGAGCUAAAGACUUUGUAAUAAGCAAGACUCGGUAGUCAAACAAAUCAUUUGGGAUUACUACCUUUAUUGUGUUUCGGCAGUGAGGUUUUCCCAGUUAUAACGAAUGGUGAGAGAAGGGAAAGGCCCAAUUACGUGGACUAAUACCAAAUCCUCAGUGACGCAGUCAAGACCUGUUGUCUCUGGUUCAAUCCUGACCUCCUCUGCUGCCUGUGUGGAGUUUGCACGUUCUCCCUGUGACCACACAGAUCGAGUAUUAGUUGAUCAUUGUCAAAUGUACGGAUGUACGGCGACAAACAUUCUUUGUCUGCUAUAUCUAGUCAAAUCAUGUUAUGCCUGAGUACAAUCAAGCCAUAUCAAGUACAACUGGUUGUGCGACGAGAAAAGCACCAGAGUGCAGAAUAUAGUGCGUUGUGGCGUUAUAAUUAUUAGGGAAAGUGCAGGGUUUUUUUGUUUUUUUUUAAAGUGCAAAGUUUGCAAUGGGGUAGGUUGGGAGAUCGCUGGGAAGAAACAUGCAAAGUUUCUCCCUGGUGCUCCGGUUCCCUCCCACAUCCUAAAGACAUAGGUCAAAAGAUUGGUAGGUCAAUUGUGCUGCUUUUAGUGCUAGUGGGUGGCACAACUUGAUGGGAAUGUGGGAUGGAUAAAAUUGUAUCGAUGUAUAAAAUGUGGUUGGCAAUAGAUGUGGACUGGGGAUGGAGGUGGGGGGUCCAGCAACCUGUUUCUGUAUCAGAUUAAUAUAAGUUGUAACUUUCUGGAAUAUAACUGGACGGGCACAAAAAUACUAACUAGAUUUACCAGGCAGUAGUUUUAAAUCUUUAACUUGAAGGGGAAAAGAUGAAUUGAAAUGAUGGGUUGAUGGUGAAUACACAGGGACGAUGACGCACAUCUGAAGGGCUGGGACUCAUCCUUCCUGGUACAAAAACUCUGUAGUUCCAACCCUUUCUAUUUUAAUUUCAGCGGAGGGAGUGAAAGCCACCUUAUUUUACCCUUGCAUCAAACUCCGAACACUUUCCUCCACAAACCACCUCCCUCCGGCAUACAAGUCUCCACUCAACCUCCACGACUUUCAAUAUGUGAGCUAUCCUGGUUAUAGAGAGGAUAAAAGGCUGGUCUCCUUGGGGGGGUAAAAAAAAAAGCAACCUCGCCAGGAAAAAGAGGAAAAAAAUAAAACAUUUAACAAAUUAAUUAUUACAACAGAUGAGCAAGUCUAACCUGUCAAUGUGUGGACAGGUUAGUGUGUAUAUUAUAAAACACUAAGGAUUCACUUUAACUUGUAACUAUAUUAGAUUAUAAGAAAUGAAUAUCAAGGUUACCAAAUUGAUUUUUUGGGUUAAAAAUGGAUCUCCAACCUAAGAGGAGUUUCCAUUUGGUUGUGUCAAUGUUAGAGGCCAUCUACUCUCUUCUGCCAACAUCUCCGUCUUCUUUCCCUUUUAGCUCCAAGUUUAUUUCCUUUCUUCCCCACAUUUUCAUUUCCUUAUUUCUGCACUGUAGAUUUCAAACACUGAUGGUGUCACAACAUAACACUGAGCGGCCAUUAUAUUAUGCGGGUGCAUUAUACUGGUGGGUCCACUGUAUGACACUAGACUUCAGUAUCAUGGGCUGGAGAAACUCAGCAUCUCUGGAGGAAAUGAAUAGGUGACGUUUCGGGUGGAGACUGACUCCAGUUGUUCUCUAAGGUCUGUCUCCAUCCAGUAAGAUGGUUACAGAUCAGCCAUUGUGUGUGUAUAGAUUUCAGUUCUGACACUAUGGGUCAUAACACUCAAAAGUCAUAACACUGGUGGGUGUCUACCUAUUGCUGUGUGGCAGGUGGGUACAUUUUUGUUGUUGUGGGGAACAGUUCCAUCUCUAACACUGCAUCAAGGACACCUUGCACUAAAAAGUAGAAACGAGGGGACUGAGACUGCUGGCUCACCAAGAAAAGACACACAAUGUUGGAGUAACACAGCGGGUCUGUUUCGGAUGGGAACCCUCCUUUAGACUGAUCCUGAAGCAUCACCUGUACAUGUUCUGCAGGGAUGCUGCCUGACCCCCCCCCCCCCCACCCGAGUUACUCCAGCAUUUUGUGUCUUUCUUACACACUAUCACUUUCGAUUGAAGGCACGUGAUUCUGUGCCAUCCACUAAAAUGAUGAGAAUGUUACAAUUUUCUCGCCUGUGUGAUCGGUUAUUAGAUUUGAUCGGUCGAACUAGAAGCAGCUGCAUUCCCACAAAGGCAUUUAUCACGUGUGGCCUUUCAAGCAGUUUUUGUUGAAGUUUGAGGCGUUUUAAUAUUGGGACCACCGCACAAACUCGACUGUCAAUGUCACACACACACACACACACGCACAGUUAUUGAUUGGGACAUCGGCUCAAUCAGCUCAACACUAUGUGAUCUGAAUCUUUUCUGCCUCCUGGUUUCCUUCAUUGAGCGUGGACAUUCAGUGGGGAGUGGGAGUGGAUGGGCGAGGCAAGGCUUGUGUAGGAAUAGUCAUCAGUGAUGUUACAGAUAGUUGGCUCCAAGGCAGAACUGGACGUUGUCGGGGAAUGGUGAUGCAAGGAACUGCAGAUGCUGAAAACUUCGAGCAAAACACAAAGUGCUGGAGUAACUCAACGGGACAGGCAGCUUUUGUUUUAGUCUAAUCACAGCAUGGAAACAGACCACUGAGUCCAUGCCGACCUUUGAUCACCCGUUCACACUAGUUCUGUGUAACCUCACUCCCGCACAAACCUCACUUAGCGCUAAUGUUCAAAGGGACAAUUAACCUACAAACCCGCACGUCUUUGGGACAUGGGAGGAAAAUGAAACUCCUGGUGGUACGCCACUUGGGCACAGGGAGAACAUGCCAACUCCUCAGAGGCAGCUUCUGAAGUUGGUAUCAUACCUGGGCCUCUGGCACUGUGAGGCAGCGGAUCUAUCCCUGGGACACUGUUCCGCCCAUCGGAGGAUAGGAGACGUUCCCAAUCUGCAACGCUGCCCAUCCAUUCCCUCCACAGAUGCUGCCUGGCCCGCUGAGUUACUCCGGCACUUGAUGUUUUGCUCCAGGUAUCAGGUAGCUGCAGGUAAGUGUAGAACAGGGGAAAGGGAGAUGGUAGGAAUAAAUGAGUUGAGUGACAACAGUGUAAGGAAAAUAAAAUGUUGUUGGAUGAAGAAUAUACUAAAGGAGAAAACUAAAUAUAAUAAUCGAGAAUAUGUGUAAAUGCAACAGUAAAAACCACAAUCAGAUAUCAAAUGUUCGAAGAUAAGGAAGUGUUGUAGAAAUUGAAUUUGUUGAAAUCAUUGUCGAGUCCAUAGGUUAUAAAGUGAUAUUGUUUUGUUGUCUAUAUAUGGGCUUGGACAAGCUAUGGUGUAGUUAGUGAGUCUUAGUAACUGGGCUGUAUGUAAUUCAAAGAUGCUUGCUUCUGCUGUAUGAGAUUCGUGGAGUCUGGAUGUGGUGUUCUCACAGCUGAUCCCUCGGACUUGGAUAAAUCCGAACGUCUAAAUUAAUUUGGAGCAUGUAUUUAACUGACGUGUGUGAGGCCCUGCUGUAUGGGCUACUCGGACGUUCUUGAGUUCAACGUUAAUAGGGGCAGUGGUAGUGGCACAGCGGUAGAGUUGCUGCCUUACAGCGGCAGAGACCCGGGUUCAAUCCAGACUACGGAUGCCGCCAGUACGGAGUUUGGACUUUCUCCUCAGGACCUUGUGGGUUUUCUCCGGGUGCUCUGGUUUCCUCCCACACUCCAAAGACGUACAGGCUUGUCGGUUAAUUGGCUUUGGUGAAACUUGUAAAUUGUCCAUAGUGUGUGUGUGUGUGUAGGAUAGUGCUAGUGUGCGGGGUGAUCGCUGGCUCGAUGGGCCGAAGGGCCUGUUUCCGCGCUGUAUCUCUAAUCUAAAAUACUAGUGCCCCUCCCUGCUCCUCCAGAGGAUGGUAUUUUCGUCACAGAUUGACCGAGUUGUGAUGUUCAGUGCUUUAAUAUAUUUUUUAAUACAGUUCUAUUUCUGAUUUCUAUGCAUUUGUGGCCUAGUUUUUAAAAUUUCUGUGUGUCGGUCUCUUAACAGAAAUGUAUUGUGUGAUGGUGAUUUAAGUGAUAUUUGGAGAUCCACGUUGUCUGUUUUGUGUUUGUACAGUCUGGAUGUGUGUGUGUCUGUGUGUCUCUCUGUCAAAAUAAAGCUUGGGUCUCAUUCUCCCAAACCUGCCCCCUCAUUCCCAAAGUUCAAAAUGGGCAGGUGUGGUGGGGAGAGAAUUAGCAUUUGAUGUUUAUUUUGAAGAAGAAUAAAAUCUCAUUUAAAAAAAAAAGUCAAUAAAUAUGUCUUUGCAAGCUGA